AUGAACAAAAAUACAUCACAUAUAAACAUUGGUGCUACUCAAAUUUCCUUAAUUAACAUAGAAGCCUAUGAAGAUGGACGUUUUCAUGACCCUGACUUGAAAUACUUUCAAGGUGGAAUAGACUACGUUGAAUCAAUAAAAUGCAACGCUAUCGAUUCUGAAAGACCCUUUAAUGUUCAACAAGGCUCUGUUGCCUGUUUUGGAUUUAUAAUCACACACCUUGGUGAACAUCCUUCGCCCUUUUGGUUCGAUAAGUAUAGAAGAUUAGAAAUAUCUUCAUUUAAAGUAACCGAUGGAACCAGCCCAUUUUAUGAUAAUUUUAAAAGGACAGAUACCUUUGAUUCGACCGUUUUCCCCGAGGACAAGUGUUUGACGAACGAAGGGGACAACCCAUUUGUAUUGCACCUGAGGUUCAUAGGGAUUCAGGUUAAAAGCUGCUCACUCGGGAAACCGAUUAACUUUGAACUGCAAGUAUCGCACGAGGCAUCUCACGAAUUGUCACCCACGGACAAUGAAUUGGCAGAACCUUUUCAAAAGUUUAAACUCACGGGGCAAAUGGUGGUAAACCAGCCACUGAAAGUAGAAGGAUUCAUUAAAAAUGAUAUAGCCUUCCUUAAAUUUCUAAAUGAACAAAGAAACAUGGACAUUGAAAUUGAAGAACUGGGAGUCAAAAACAUUAAAACGACGGGAACGAUGGUUGAAUUGCCAUUUGUAUUAAGUCCUGGAAACCAGAUGAACGUAUCAAUUCCAAUGGAUGAUGAACUUGACGGAAAAUGGAAGGAAAUAACGGAGUCCUUUGCAAAAAUAUACUUCAAAUGGAAUUUGGGCCAGAAUUUAAAUGAAAAGUAUACACUAACGAGCACUUUGGAUGUGAAAAUGGAGCCGAAACCGUUAAAAGAAAGGCCAAUUUCAAUCAAAUGUAAGAAAAUGAUCAUUGACAAGAAUUAUGUAGGCACUAUUAAGGAAAUAAGGGAUUCUGAAUUGGUAAUGGAGCUCAAGGUUAGAGUAAAGAGGAAAAUGGAACUGUGUUUGAUGUUUCUGGAGGAAGCGGAGGCCACCCACCACUACAAGUUGAUACCGUUGCACGAUUUUGUAACAAUAGGGGUGGUGGAUGUGGACGAAGUUAAGUCGCAGUCGCUGUAUUUCUACUACGCGACGGAAGGACUGCAUCAGUCGCCCAAAAUUGAGGUGAAAGAUAGGCUUUCGGACAGUGUAUACACAAUAGGGAAUAAAAUAUUCAGCGUAGAUAAAAUGAUGUGUAUAGUCUCAGGCCCAGCAAGAUCGCAUAAAAUACCCACGUUCUUCGCGAAGUUGUAUAAUGGCGGGACGCAUCUGGAUAAUUCGUACAAUUUUAAGGAAAGCACGCCCUUAGAGCCCGAAGGGCACUAUAAUCAGCCAGGUUCGGACUUUUACUACGGUAGUGCUGCGACAACGACGGACGCAUCUCAUGUGAAUAAUACGAGCGAUCAAAGUAAGAACACAACCACUGAAAAUUUAAACAAUGGCGCCCCUGCUAAAAAUCAGGAGCAACUAACUGCUCAGGAUGUUACGAAGCAGGAGUUAUCCAACGAGGCAGUCAUGUUGGAAGACGAGGUAAAAUCCAUGAAAGAAUCCAAGGGUGAAAUGGACGAACUAGAAAAGAGGGAAAGGGAAGUGUCGGAACAGCUGGUUGAUACCAACUAUGAGAAGCUCAGGGAACUGGUGAAGAAGAGAAACAUCUUGGUAAAUAAGAUAGCAUCAGUGGCUAAAACACUGAGGAUGGAGCACGAUGCUCUCUACCCAGAACUGAAAGGGCAACCCAUAUUUAUAGUGGCAAAGAACAAGGACGACGAGAAGAGAAAGGCAAACCAACUGGCUCACUUAGAAGGUUUUGAGGACUUUAUGCAUCACAUAACAUCGCCAUGUAACAUGAUGGAGGAGCUCAGGCAGAAGUCUGAUGAAUCGAAAAAGUCAAAUUUUAGGGAUAAGUUCGAAACAGAACAGAAGAUCCUGGACUCGAUGAGCUCAAGGGAGAGACUUAACUAUGAUAAAAACAUGAUUGAACAUUACGAGUCAAUUAUGCAGGAAAUUGAAAAGGGAAUUCAAAAGGCCGAGGAGGAGAUAGAUAAUUCCUGGAAUCAUUUGAUUGAAUAG